GAUUGGUCUAUCUUCUUUACCAUCAGCCCCAUGGCGCUCUCCCAGCUGCGUUGCCCUCUCUUCCUCCUCUGCUCCUUCCUGAUGCUGCCCUCGGUGCUGCUGCAGGAGGUGCCAAUGCCUGGGGCUCCUUUUCCUGUACCCGUCACAACUGAGGAGGUCAAGAAAGCUGCCGCCUUCGCUGUGGAACAAUUCAACGAGCGCAGCAAUAAUGCCAACUAUUUCAAGGAGCUGCGUAUUGUGAAGGCACAAUCCCAGGUGGUUGCAGGAAUGAAAUACUAUCUUACGGUGGAAAUGGGGAAAACGGUGUGUGGAAAGAGCAGUGGGUCACUGCCAUUCAGCGAUAUCCAGAGAUGUGAGCUCCUUCUCCGGGAUCAGCAGGAGAAACUAACCUGUCACUUUGUGAUCUUGUCCCGUCCUUGGCUGGAGAGCACACAGCUGUUAAGCAUGAGCUGUUCCUGAAUGGCUGAGGUGGACAAAUGAUCCUGAGUGUGUCCAGCUGCCAAGGAACCCCUUGGGUGCAGCUUGGUUUCUUCCAAACAAGAUCCCAUGUAUGGCCAUUCGCAAAUCAUGAAUGAAAUGGUUUGUUGACAUCCAAAUUCACCUUUUCUGACUUUCUGAAAUUGUUCCAUGACAUACAUGGGGGCCUUUUCUUGCUCCUCAAUUCCAUCCUCACCUUCGAGAAGACAAAAAUCAAUAUUCUGUUAAUUCCAUUAGUCUUAAUAAAGCUGUCAUC